UCCGCCGCAUUCCCCUAGGGUGCCAGUCAGCAGGCGGUUGGGGCGGGCCCGCCGCGGGGCUGGGGCGGGUGCUUUCUCGUUUAACACGAACCAGACAGGCAGUUAGGUUUGAACAAACGAGGAUCCGGAGGUCCAGAGAGUAUAGGUGCAGAGAGUAAAGUGACGGGUCUAAGUAGUGAAGUAGCCGGUGCUGGAACCCUCGUCCCAGGCAGUGGGGCACAGGCUGUCUUCAUCGCGGAGAUGGCAGUCGGGGAGCGUCGCUCCAGGAAGGGCCAGGGAGUGCGGGAGCGUCCGUGUGCGAAAGAGAACGCCCCAGUGGGAUGCUUUGGCUGUGUCUCUUCCUUUUGGGGGAGUUGGUGGGUGGUGGAGUGCAGUUGUUAGUGCAGGGUAAGGACGGGCUCCUCCAGAGAGGGUAGCGCCGAAUAGGAUUUCGUUUGGAGGCAGGACUGGUGCCUCAAGGUCUCUUUAAAAGGAAGAUAAGCGAGCGGCCUGAAACUACCGGGUACUCCCUCUGGGCCCAUGGGCUUCAUGGUGGCCGACCUUUGGGGGAGAAGGUUUUUGUUUUUUGGUUUUGUAUCCGAAAUUACAUCUAGGGCUAAUGUUUCUUGAAAAUGUUAAGGUUGAACUCGGAUUUUUGGGGUUGAGUUGGAUGGAGCUUGCAUCCUUACAUUCAACUCAGAACAAGCUUGAAUGCCUGCUGCAAGGAUGACCUGGUCUGUAGUGUGACCACAAGAUAUAACCUUCUGCUAGGGGAAAUUUUUUUCCCCCUGGAGUUUGCUGAUUCUUUUUGAUUUUUAUGUUUUCUUUCCCUAGUUUGCAAUCUCUCCAGCCGUGCUGAUGUGUAUUUCAGGGGAAACCUGUGGGCCGAUGAGUUAAUGCAUUUAUUCUUUGCUACUACUAUUCUCCUUUUUAUGUUUUUGGGCUAAACCUGAAACAGCCAAUAUUUCAUGAAGUGAGGCCCCAUCUUUUUUAUAGCUUUACUUGUGAUACUAUAUCUAGUGUAAGAGCUUACCGAAAAAUGGAAGUCUUUGUUUCCAUUAGGUUUAUUAAGCCCAGUUUAAAAUUACUAAGAUGAGAAGAAUCAUUUCGUAAUUCAAAGUGGGAAACUCCUAUCUAAUCUGAUAGAAUAUACAAUUAUUAGUAUCCCUGUAUAGUUCAUUACUCCUCAUAGGAACUCACUAAAUAAUGAAAAUUCUUGCAACAUUAUAUUUGCAUACCACUUUAAACUUCUUUGUGGAGUCCUUGGUCCCUAGUCCAGGUUGUGGCAGUAAGUGUUUAAAGUGCUGUCAUUUAUUCUUCAUGUCAGAGAGGGAAAGCGGUAUGGUACAGUAAGUAGUUGAGAAUGUAGGGCCGGGCGCGGUGGCUCACGCCUGUAAUCCCAGCACUUCGGGUGGCCGAGGCGGGCGGAUCACGAGGUCAGGAGAUCAAGACUAUCCUGGCUAACACGGUGAAACCCCGUCUCUACUAAAAAUACAAAAAAUUAGCCAGUCUUGGUGGCACGCGCCUGUAGUCCCGGCUACUCGGGAGGCUGAGGCAGGAGAAUCGCUUGAACCCGGGAGGCGGAGGUUGCAGUGAGCCGGAUCACACCACUGCACUCCAGCCUGGGCGACAGAGUGAGACUCCGUUCAAAACACAAACAAACAAAAAAACCCAAAAACCAAACCAAAGCAAAACAAAACAAAAAGAAUGUAGACUAAAGAGAAGAUUGCCAAGAGUGUCUUCUGGGUUCUGCCACUUCACUGUAUGGCCUUGGCGGGUUAUCUAUUAUAACUCCUCUCUGCCUCACUUUCUUUUUUUGGGAUACAGUUAUACCUUCAUGGUAGGAGCGCCGUGAGGAUAGACCUAAAGUACUUAGGAUGAUGUCUUGCACAUUACUAAUUUUGGUUAAUAACCAUUUUCAGGGAUUAGGGAGGAGGAAGUUAUUUCAAGGCCACUGAAUGAUGAAAUGUCCCCAAGGCUUUUUCCUGGGCCUGUAAACAGUUCCAGGCCUCAUUCAGGCAGUGUGGUUAGUAAUCCCAUGAUUUGCUGUUGCUAGAUGGUGCAUUUUAACAUUUGGUUAUAUUGCUUUUGACUUAUGCUGUUGUGUUAGGUGUGGCUGUAGGUUUGCAAUAACAUGAUUGGUGUGUUUGCCUAAAGCCGAUACUUUCUCUGUUAAAUGUGGGAGUGCAUAGAGGGCAAAAGAAACCCUAGACAGCAAAACGCACAGUUUUAAUGGCGUAGUGUAGGCCAAGAAGCAUUGUUUACCUAGGGUCAAGGAUAUACUAGUGUGCCUAUACAGUGUUCAUUUAAAGAGUGCCUAUUUUAAUAUUGGAGCCCCUGCUAGGUUGUAAGCUCUUUGAGAAAUAUGUAUUUUAAAAAAUUUGUGUAUAUAACACUUGCCUUUAUUGAGAACUUACUAUGUGCCAGGUAAUGUGCCAAGUCCUUUACAUACAUCUAAUUUUAGUCUUACAGCAGUUGAAUGAGUAAGAUAGCCCACUUUACAAUAAUUUGCCUAUGAUUAAAUAGCUUAUUAAUGAUGAAAUCAGGAUACAAACUCCAUUUGACUCAAAGACUCCUAUUUAUGUUGCCAGUACCAGUGCAACAAAAGACCCAUAAAACAUUUAAUAAGUGUUUAUUGAAUAACAAAGAAUGAGGAUACAAACUUGAAUAAGAUACAGUCCACGUCCUUAAGGAACUAAGAGGCAACCUCCCGACUUCUAGUAAAUUACCCAGAGCCCUAUCGUUCUCAGAUAUUGGAUUAUCUCUUUAAGCCGAAUUUUGGUGCCUCUUUGCAUAUCUUAAAAGUGGAAAUAGGUGGUGAUGGGCAGACAACAGACAUAUUAUAGGCUAAAGGUGUGGGUUCUGAGAACAGGGCUCACGAGUCCAGGGAUUCAUAUCCAGCGUUGAAAAGCUGAAAGUUGAGACGGCACUGAGCCCUCCCACAUGCACUAUGCACUAGAUGAGAAUUAUUUCCGAGGAUAUGAGUGGUGGUUGAUGAAAGAAGCUAAGAAGAGGAAUCCCAAUAUUACACUCAUUGGGUUGCCAUGGUCAUUCCCUGGAUGGCUGGGAAAAGGUUUCGACUGGCCUUAUGUCAAUCUUCAGCUGACUGCCUAUUAUGUCGUGACCUGGAUUGUGGGCGCCAAGCGUUACCAUGAUUUGGACAUUGAUUAUAUUGGAAUUUGGAAUGAGAGGUCAUAUAAUGCCAAUUAUAUUAAGGUAUUAAGAAAAAUGCUGAAUUAUCAAGGUCUCCAGCGAGUGAAAAUCAUAGCAAGUGAUAAUCUCUGGGAGUCCAUCUCUGCAUCCAUGCUCCUUGAUGCCGAACUCUUCAAGGUGGUUGAUGUUAUAGGGGCUCAUUAUCCUGGAACCCAUUCAGCAAAAGAUGCAAAGUUGACUGGGAAGAAGCUCUGGUCUUCUGAAGACUUUAGCACUUUAAAUAGUGACAUGGGUGCAGGCUGCUGGGGUCGCAUUUUAAAUCAGAAUUAUAUCAAUGGCUAUAUGACUUCCACAAUCGCAUGGAAUUUAGUGGCUAGUUACUAUGAACAGUUGCCUUAUGGGAGAUGCGGGUUGAUGACGGCCCAGGAGCCAUGGAGUGGGCACUACGUGGUAGAAUCUCCUGUCUGGGUAUCAGCUCAUACCACUCAGUUUACUCAACCUGGCUGGUAUUACCUGAAGACAGUUGGCCAUUUAGAGAAAGGAGGAAGCUACGUAGCUCUGACUGAUGGCUUAGGGAACCUCACCAUCAUCAUUGAAACCAUGAGUCAUAAACAUUCUAAGUGCAUACGGCCAUUUCUUCCUUAUUUCAAUGUGUCACAACAAUUUGCCACCUUUGUUCUUAAGGGAUCUUUUAGUGAAAUACCAGAGCUACAGGUAUGGUAUACCAAACUUGGAAAAACAUCCGAAAGAUUUCUUUUUAAGCAGCUGGAUUCUCUAUGGCUCCUUGACAGCGAUGGCAGUUUCACACUGAGCCUGCAUGAAGAUGAGCUGUUCACACUCACCACUCUCACCACUGGUCGCAAAGGCAGCUACCCGCUUCCUCCAAAAUCCCAGCCCUUCCCAAGUACCUAUAAGGAUGAUUUCAAUGUUGAUUACCCAUUUUUUAGUGAAGCUCCAAACUUUGCUGAUCAAACUGGUGUAUUUGAAUAUUUUACAAAUAUUGAAGACCCUGGCGAGCAUCACUUCACGCUACGCCAAGUUCUCAACCAGAGACCCAUUACGUGGGCUGCCGAUGCAUCCAACACAAUCAGUAUUAUAGGAGACUACAACUGGACCAAUCUGACUAUAAAGUGUGAUGUUUACAUAGAGACCCCUGACACAGGAGGUGUGUUCAUUGCAGGAAGAGUAAAUAAAGGUGGUAUUUUGAUUAGAAGUGCCAGAGGAAUUUUCUUCUGGAUUUUUGCAAAUGGAUCUUACAGGGUUACAGGUGAUUUAGCUGGAUGGAUUAUAUAUGCUUUAGGACGUGUUGAAGUUACAGCAAAAAAAUGGUAUACGCUCACGUUAACUAUUAAGGGUCAUUUCGCCUCUGGCAUGCUGAAUGACAAGUCUCUGUGGACAGACAUCCCUGUGAAUUUUCCAAAGAAUGGCUGGGCUGCAAUUGGAACUCACUCCUUUGAAUUUGCACAGUUUGACAACUUUCUUGUGGAAGCCACAUGCUAAUACUUAACAGGGCAUCAUAGAAUACUCUGGAUUUUCUUCCCUUCUUUUUGGUUUUGGUUCAGAGCCAAUUCUUGUUUCAUUGGAACAGUAUAUGAGGCUUUUGAGGCUAAAAAUAAUGAAGAGUAAAAGGGGAGAGAAAUUUAUUUUUAAUUUACCCUGUAGAAGAUUUUAUUAGAAUUAAUUCCAAGGGGAAAACUGGUGAAUCUUUAACAUUACCUGCUGUGUUCCCUAACAUUCAAACUGUGCAUUGGCCAUAUACCCUUAGGAGUGGUUUGAGUAGUACAGACCUCGAAGCCUUGCUGCUAACACUGAGGUAGCUCUCUUCAUCUUAUUUGCAAGCGGUCCUGUAGAUGGCAGUAACUUGAUCAUCACUGAGAUGUAUUUAUGCAUGCUGACCGUGUGUCCAAGUGAGCCAAUGUCUUCAUCACAAGAUGAUGCUGCCAUAAUAGAAAGCUGAAGAACACUAGAAGUAGCUUUUUGAAAACCACUUCAACCUGUUAUGCUUUACUCUCUAUAAAAAGUAUUUUUUAUUUUCCUUUUUAAGAUGAUACUUUUGAAAUGCAGGAUAUGAUGAGUGGGAUGAUUUUAAAAAUGCCUCUUUAAUAAACUACCUCUAACACUGUUUCUGCGGUAAUAGAUAUCAGCAGAUUAAUUGGGUUAUGUGCAUUAUUUAAUUUUUUUGAUUCCAAGUUCUGGUCUUGUAACCACUAUAACUCUCUGUGAACGUUUUUCCAGGUGGCUGGAAGAAGGAAGAAAACCUGAUAUAGCCAAUGCUGCUGUAGUCGUUUCCUCAGCCUCAUCUUACUGUGCUGUGGUCUGUCCUCACAUGUGCACUGGUAACAGACUCACACAGCUGAUGAAUGCUUUUCUCUCCUUACGUGUGGAAGGAGGGGAGCACUUAGACAUUUGCUAACUCCCAGAAUUGGAUCAUCUCCUAAGAUGUACUUACUUUUUAAAGUCCAAAUAUGUUUAUAUUUAAAUAUACGUGAGCAUGUUCAUCAUGUUGUAUGAUUUAUACUAAGCAUUAAUGUGGCUCUAUGUAGCAAAUCAGUUAUUCAUGUAGGUAAAGUAAAUCUAGAAUUAUUUAUAAGAAUUACUCAUUGAACUAAUUCUACUAUUUAGGAAUUUGUAAGAGUCUAACAUAGGCUUAGCUACAGUGAAGUUUUGCAUUGCUUUUGAAGACAAGAAGAUAAGUGCUAGAAUAAAUAAGAUUACAGAGAAAUUUUUUUGUUAAAACCAAGUGAUUUCCAGCUGAUGUAUCUAAUAUUUUUUAAAACUAACAUUAUAGAGGUGUAAUUUAUUUACAAUAAAAUGUUCCUACUUUAAAUAUACAAUUCAGUGAGUUUUGAUAAAUGGAUAUACCCAUGUAACCAACACUCCAGUCAAGCUUCAGAAUAUUUCCAUCACCCCAGAAGGUUCUCUUGUAUACCUGCUCGGUCAGUUCCUUUCACUCCCAAUUGUUGGCAGCCAUUGAUAGGAAUUCUAUCACUAUAGGUUAGUUUUCUUUGUUCCAGAACAUCAUGAAAGCGGCGUCAUGUACUGUGUAUUCUUAUGAAUGGUUUCUUUCCGUCAGCAUAAUGAUUUGAGAUUUGUCCAUGUUGUGUGAUUCAGUGGUUUGUUCCUUCUUAUUUCUGAAGAGUUUUCCAUUGUAUGAAUAUACCACAAUUUGUUUCCUCCCCACCAGUUUCUGAUACUACAAUUAAAACUGUCUACAUUUACAA